AUGCAUUCGGUGGCAGCCCCGGCCACUCGCGCCACAGCAUCCUCCCACACCCCAGCGCCACAGCAUCCUCCCACCACGGUCCCACACCCCAGCGCCACAGCAUCCUCCCACCACGGCCCCACACCCCAGCUCCACAGCAUCCUCCCACACCCCAGCUCCACAGCAUCCUCCCACAACCCCAGCUCCACAGCAUCCUCCCACAACCCCAGCUCCACAGCAUCCUCCCACAACCCCAGCUCCACAAUCCCAGCUCCACAGCAUCCUCCCACAACCCCAGCUCCACAACCCCAGCUCCACAGCAUCCUCCCACAACCCCAGCUCCACAGCAUCCUCCCACAACCCCAGCUCCACAGCAUCCUCCCACAACCCCAGCUCCACAGCAUCCUCCCACAACCCCAGCUCCACAACCCCAGCUCCACAGCAUCCUCCCACAACCCCAGCUCCACAGCAUCCUCCCACAACCCCAGCUCCACAGCAUCCUCCCACACCCCAGCGCCACAGCAUCCUCCCACACCCCAGCGCCACAGCAUCCUCCCACCACGGCCCCACACCCCAGCGCCACAGCAUCCUCCCACACCCCAGCGCCACAGCAUCCUCCCACCACGGCCCCACACCCCAGCUCCACAGCAUCCUCCCACACCCCAGCUCCACAGCAUCCUCCCACAACCCCAGCUCCACAGCAUCCUCCCACAACCCCAGCUCCACAGCAUCCUCCCACAACCUCAGCUCCACAGCAUCCUCCCACAACCCCAGCUCCACAGCAUCCUCCCACAACCCCAGCUCCACAACCCCAGCUCCACAGCAUCCUCCCACAACCCCUGCUUUACAGCAUCCUCCCACACCCCAGCUCCACAGCAUCCUCCCACAGCCCAGCGCCACAGCAUCCUCCCACACCCCAGCGCCACAGUAUCCUCCCACCACGGCCCCAUACCUCAGCGCCACAUGCUCAAAGACUAG